AUGCCUCUGUCCACCAAGGCGAUGUUUUCCAGGUCGGGCACCGAUAAGGCCCUCAACAAUGCCACGGCCGUCCUCCGCUCCCUAAUCUGGCUUUUCGCUGUCCAACAGCCAGACAUCAUGUCUCCCUUACUUGAGAGGUAUAAAGUGUCGGGAACUGAACUCUUCACCGAUGGAAAUUCCUUCGAUGCCCUGUCUGCAAUAUUUCAAGCAAUGCUAAAAGAUUCUAAUAUGUCACCCAUGUACUUUGCUAUCGACGCACUUGACGAGUGCGACGAAAACCAAUCCGACCUCAUUAAGAUAAUUGCAACGUCCCUCACUAUCUCCUCCAAGGUGAAGUGGCUGCUCGCGAGCCGCCCAGAAGUUGACGUCCUUGCUAAAUUAAAGACAUACGAUUUACCCGACCUAUGCAUUCCAAAAGCUCUAGUCGAACUAGAUACCGAAAGCUUGCAAGCCCCCGCGAGCGCCUAUAUCGAACACAGGCUGAAAAAACUGAAGAGGUCGUCGAAUGUCGGCAGUACCUACACAGAGGCAAUCUUGGAGACUGUCUUGAAGGAGGUCCGAGAGCGAGCGAAAGAUAACUUCCUUUGGGUUUCUCUAGUGUUUGACGACCUCGAAACCAUGCGCGGACCGUACGCCAUCAACCAAGUUCUUGGAUACCCUUCUGGAUUGUCACAGCUGUACGACCAUAGGAUGGAUAGAAUUGAGCCAACCUUCUCUUAUGACGCAUCAGCCUCGGGCAAUACACUCUGGGAUACUGUAACAACUGAGCUAUGGGAUACUACCACAGGCGAGGUCCGCAAAAGGGCACGAAAGUAUGAUUCUCAAAUUAGAGCGGUAGCCUUCUCACUCGAUGGCAAGUUGCUCGCCGUGGUUUCGUUUAGCUCUAUACAGCUCUGGGAUACUGCAACAGCCAAGGUCUGCCAAACGCUUCCAGUGCCUGAUGGCCAGGCGAGAGCGGAGGCCUUCUCACCGGAUGCAGCUGAGGUCAGCCAAGGGUUUCCGGAGCCUGGUAGCCAAGUGAGAACGCCCGUCGAAGAUGCGCUCCUUAACCUUGGGAACCCUCUCCUCAUGGGCCUCUCCACGGCCUUGGGUCACACGGUUGCUCUCAGUGCCAGACAAGGAGAAACUAACGUGAAUGGGACGGCGGAAUAUUUUACCAACUGCAAGAAAUGUCCGUAUAUCAUGUGCACCAACCCUGAGCUGGUCUACAGUGGUACCGUCUUGCCCUUGACAUGCUGGACCUACGGUGACCUUGUGGGGGACUCUCAGCUGUGGCUGAAGACUAACACUGGGUGCUUCGUCUCGAACCGAGAGGAAAUACCAGGAUGUGGAGAUAUCCCCUUCGAGAUCACCGAGCAGCCUGCGCGUGUGCGCUAUCUUAGCGAGUGCAAGGAAUCCUCUUCCACCAGCUCCGAGUCAACCACCUACUACGGCCGAGACCUCGACUUGACCGUGCUAUGCUGGGCCCAGAACGAUAUUGUCAACAACAACCCAUACUGGUACAAGACUACGGACAACUGCUACGUCAGCGAGUCCGGCUUAUGGGAGGCCCCCGACCGAAGUAAAAUCGAACACUGUGGCCCCAAGUCCGACCUGGAGGAUGCGGAGCCGGUUGGGGACCCGGCUCCGGUCCCAGAGGAGAACGGCGCUGAGGGCGGAAAUAGUCUGGCCAAGCGAUGGCUGGAAGAGGGUAAGAUUGGUGAGGAGUAUUCGUACUGCUUGACCUGCCCGAGCAGCGUCAACGCGACGUGUGAGGUGGUCAAGACGUACGAGUACAACCAGACUGUGCUAAAUCAGUGCACAUAUGGCAAUGAUGAGGGUCGAUGGAUGCUUACCGUUGACUGGUGUUACGUGAAUGGGACCGACUUUUGGGUUCCACCCUGGGAUCACUACCGGUAUCCCAGCUGCGAGCAAUGGGGCUACCCCUUGCUUGAUUGA